AUGGUAACAGCUCACAUAUAUAUCUUCACAUUUCAAACCAAGACUAAUUUCCUACUUCCAGGCCCCGUUGUACGAAUCGGUCCCAACGAAUUGUCGUUUGCGUCCGAAGAUGCUCUCAAGACAAUCCAUAACCCGGGCCCAAAUGGUGGACACUUUACGAAACAGGGCACCAUUGAGUCCUUGCUUGCAAAGCUGAUCUGGGCAGCGCCGAACCUGUUGACCACGACAGACAAGACAGCGCACAAGCGUCUCCGCACUGCUCUACAGCCAGCGUUCACCGCGAAAGCUCUCAUGGAACAAGAGGACAUUGUCCAGCACCACGUUGGCAGGGCGGUCGACAAUUUGGGAAAAGCACUGAACGAAGAGAAGAUUAUCAAUAUCAGCGACCACUUUGCAAGGAUGAUCUGGAGCAUUGUUGGUGACUUGUCAUUCGGCGAGCCCCUGCUCCAUGACCAAAUGAGCGCAUACGAAAAGCUAAAGUUCACCUACGGUAAAGGAGCGCCUCUCCUAGAACUGUUCCAGUUCCUCACAGAAAUCCCAAUCUUUGGUGGCCUGGCCAAAUUGCCUGUCAUGAUCGUGCCCCACAUCUUCAGAGUUCCCAAGAACUUCCUGUUGAUGAAUCAACUGAGAGACUGCAUCGACCGACAAGGCGGCCGUAAAGACUUCCUCACCGCCAUCCUGGCGGCCAAAGAGUCCGCAGGCCUGACUCAGGCAGAGAUCCUGAGCAACUCGGCCUUAUUCGCCAUGGUAGGCUACGACACAUCCGCCACAACCCUGUCUGCCAUGUUCUACCAUGUCCUGCGCGAGCCAGACCAUUACCACAAGAUCCAGCACGAGGUCCGCGCCACCUACUCCUCGCUCGCCGAGAUCUCAGCCCAGAGCGUCCUCCGCCUGCCCUACCUUAAUGCCUGCGUGCAGGAAACUCUGCGCCUCCUGCCGCCCAUCAACGGCCGCGGCUCGCACCGCAUUUCCCCAGGCGCCACCAUCGACGGGCUCUACGUGCCCAAGGGCGUCAACGUUUCGGCCGACAUCUGGACUAUCCAGCGGCGGCCGGAUUACUGGGCACUCGCCGAUAAAUUCCGCCCCGACCGGUGGAUUGACAAUGGGCCCGGGACGGCCUUUGAGCACGAUGUCCGGACCAGCUAUCGUCCCUUCCUCGUCGGGCCGAGAGUGUGCAUUGGGCGCGAGAUGGCCCUGCAGUCGAUUCGGCUGACCGUGGCGAAGGUCGCUUUCGCUUUUGACAUGGAGAUGGCGAACAGGGAUUCCUUUGUCUGGGAGAGGGACGCUGGGAACGACUACGUAUGGCAUGAUUACAAUAUCAUGGUCAGGAGGGCCCUGUGA